AUGUUCGGUCUUGACCUCAUCCUUGUUGGACGGGAGACUAAAAAAGAUUUCCACGACGGCUUCUGCAUUCGAACUAUAGCUGACAGGUUCGGGUGUAGAGCGUUGAUAGGACGUUCUGGAAUGGCAUUCGCGAGUAUCGCACUCCUGAGCGCCAGCUACCCUAUAUAA